CUGUUUGCGUCACGUGACCUGGCACUCGGCGUGACGUCAUUUCCGCUCCGGGCCUGCCAGCUGAGAACCGGAGGGACCUCGGACGCACGUUGACUAAAGGGACCCAGAUUUCCAGACAGAUUGCUGACGGCUCCGAGAUGAAUAGCUCCACAGGUACACGUGUAGUGUAUAACGGCGGCAAGCGACCUACAAGCAGCACGCGCUCUCCAAGCAGUAGUGAGAUAUUCACGCCAGCCCACGAGGAAAAUGUGCGCUUUAUCUACGAAGCUUGGCAAUGUGUGGAGAGAGAUCUGAGGAACCAGGUUUCUGGCAUGGAUCGAGGGCUGGUGGAGGAAUAUGUAGAGAAAACCCCAAGUAAUGCUCUGAAAUCCUUUAAACCUGUCGAUCUGAACGAUUUGAAGAGGAGAAACACACAAGACCCCAAGAAAUCGUAACCUGACCGCGUGACAUUUCAGUUUGGACGCACUUUUAUUUUCCUCCAUUUCGGUUCCUUAUUUCUGACAUAAAGAGGCUGCUCUUGAACUUUACGUUGUGGACUAAGCAGAGUUGUCCUGAAACGGGAUCUUCAACUGCCCACAUCCUUUAUGAGCCUGUCUGACCCACAUCCUUUGCGUCCUAUACCCACAUACUGACAGAUUACUGAACUUUUUAUUUCUUUUUAACGGGAAGCUGAGUGUGCGGGCAGUAUAUGCGUUCUCACCUUGUGCUGCCACUCUGGAGUUUCAAAUGGAAUCGCUUAAAAUUACAGCUUGACAGGCUAUUAAAUUGUUCAUACUACUGUGUGGACCUGUGCACCUUCCUAAAGGCCCCCGAAAGGGUAUAUUUGUACAAAUAACAUCUUUUACGUGUUGGAAGACACUAUUUUAUAUUGUGUGUGUAUUUGUACACUCAUUAAUAAUACAACUAUAUCACCAGUGUCAUAUCAGCCUUGUGAAAGCAGAGGAACACAAGGUAGAGUGGUGACAAGUGUAUCACAGCCCCCUUACCCCAAAGAGGAGUUUACCUGCUUGUGAGUGGAUGUACUUUACAUUUGAUGGUAGACAAGUUACUUAUUGCAGUGACAGAGUCCAUGAAAGGUGGGAAGUACAUUAAGUCCUUACAUAGAAAUCAGUUCACGAACUGUUUAAUAAAUAAGGCUUUGGCAGUCAUCUCCACCAACAUCCCUUAGUACGGCCAUGCAUUCAUAAUCCGCCCCACAUUUGACGUGCUUCUCAUAAGGGAGACCCCACAAUGUAAUGGUAAAUUGGCUGCAUCCCCCGACCUUCAAAUUUGUGGAUUUUAAACCCUGUUCAAAUCAAUCAAUGGAUAAACGUUUGUGCUAUUUUUGUCAAACAUUUAGCCCCACAGUCGCGAGUAGGAAAUUAUUUUAAUUAUUUAAAUGUUUAGUUAUGACCCCAUACACAGACGACUUGUAGGGGAAUUGUCCUGUUUUCCCUGAGCCGUUUUAUUCUACUGAAACAUAUGGUAGAGGUAAACAUAUAGCGCUGGCAUCUUCGGAGGUGUAAAAAACGCUUUUUGACUUCAUUUAUCUGCAUUACAAAGCGGACACACGUGUGCUGUGACAUCCUUCCAUUGAUGGCUUGUACACGUAUGCUCCUUAACCGUAUCAUGAGAUACGUUUACUUUGUAUACCAGGCUGUGCAUGGGCAGCCUGGCGCACAAUGUAACAUUAAACUAAAAGUAACGUAGCAUAAAAAUUAAAGCACAAAUCCUGGUUAACUUUUAACUUGUGCAAAUAAAUGAAAGGUAAUAGGGUAAAAUGAAAUAGAGAAAAAAAGAUCUAUGCAUUGGGUAGUUGUUUCAUAUGACUGGUGCAGUUUAAUUGGCAAGUGUGUGGUUUUUGUUCCCCCUUUUUUUUUUUUUUUUUAUCUGUUACUCUGGAAUAUUCACAUUUGUUUUAAGUUAGCGCAGUAAAAUCUGUCGCACCUGG